CCGUAGUUUUCUCUUUGUAUUUUUAUUAUUAUUAUUUUAUCUUUUUUGGGAGAGGGAACAGGGGGCGUAUGACAGGAAGAUGGGGGAUAUGGCAAGGAGAGGGGGAUAUGGAGAGGAGGAGGAGGAUGUGGACGAGGAGGACGACGAGGAUAGCGAGGAUGACGAGGAGGAGGAGUCGAGAUGGGGGAGGAGAAGAGAUGGACGGAGGGAAAAGAGGAAGGGCAGGAGGAGGAGGAGAUAUGGAUGGCGAGGAAGGGGAGGACACGAGGAAGGGAAGGAGACGAGGAGGCAUGGAAGAUGAGGAAGUACGAGGAGGAGGAGACAAGGAGGAUGAGGAAGGGCAGGAGGAGGACGACGAACAUGAGGAGGAGGAGGAGGAGGAGGAGGAGGAGACGGAAAGGAGAAGGGAGGAGGAGACAUGGAGGAUGAGGAAGGGGAGGAGGAGCAAGGAAAAAGAGGAACUACGGCGGAGGCUGGCGCAACUAGGGAAACUGAAGGAGGAUAGAGAGCUAGCACGCGCAAAGAAGAAGGUUAUGGAGCAAGAGAUAGAGUGGGAAACAGAACAGACGCACAUGGAAACAGAACAGACGCGCAUGGAAAUGGAACAGACACGCAUGGAAAUGGACCACGAAGAGGAUCGAUUCGCCCCUUCCUCUUCGGCGCGACCACCAAGGAGGCAGAGGGAAACACCGAGUACGCCAUCGCGACCACCACGACGUCAGAAGCUGGUUAGACAACCGAACCUAGGAAUCCGGAUCGAGGAACCUUCCACAACACGCACGCUAAGGACACGAUCGCAGGCAAAGAAGAACCCGGUGGUAGACUAUGAGACGCUGCUGGCAGGAUGGAAAGAAAUCACAACGGACGGAUCGAAGAUGAAUGUGGUUGACUACUGUAUGAGUAUGAAGAGCUUCCUACGAACAAGGACAAUGGCGGAACUACAGUGCCUACGCGAUGAAGAGCAGAUCGACUACGCGACUAGAGAGAAGACAAUCAGGGGACUGAUCGCCAAUCGGAUGCAGCAGGCCAUCCUACGCACAAGCAACUCACGUGACAACGAUGAAGAUGAAGUGACUCCGGAGAGAGAUCCGGACAUCAUGGACACCUAACAUGUGAGCCUCGACCGAACCUGGGCAAUGUGGGACUCAAUGGUCAUGAUUAGGCAAUGGAUUAGUGAUAGGACCAUGCGAGACCAAAUCGACGCCG